AUGUCUGAUGUCCAUCUGGGCAGCAGGACCCCCAAGGGCGCAGGAACUCUGCAGAGAAAGGCCAGCGUCGCCAGCCGAUCGGAGGGCGCAACUCCGGAGGCUGAUCGGAGUCACGAGCGCUCCUACGAGUACUAUCCCGACACGGAGGGAUGGUGGGAAGAGGAAGGGUACGGUCACCAUUUGCACCACUUCAACGGGUACGAGACCUCGUACUACGAUGAGUGGUCUGGCGAGGGUGCACGUCAGGAUGACAUCAUUGAGGUGGACCUCUACUCCAUGGUCUUUGUUCUCGAUGAGUGCCUCACGCCGAAGGAUUUGUACAACGGCAUUGAGCUAGACGAUAGCAGCUUCGUGUUUUCCCUAGAGGCAGAUGACGUGGCACCGCAGACACCGGCUGCGUGGAGGGCCAGACCUUUGAAAAUUCACCCGGAACCUCCGCCGAUCAACCAGCGAAAGGAUCCCGGGUCCGGCACUCCGACUCGAAGCGGCGCGGCGACGGUGGAUGCCAGCACAGGAAACAACACGCCCACCGGAGGUCGCACUCCUCGACAGAAGGCGUCCACGCCGCCGAAGCUGGAGACGCCACCGCCCAAGGACCUGCCGCCCCUAGCGGUGUCCGCCUCAAGGGUGGAGCCUUCUACCAUGGAGAUGGAGGACUCCGAACCCUCCGACGAGGCUCUGAUGGAUCCAGGCAAGACCAGCGCGAAGAUCCACAUCAGCAACCGACAGCUGGAGCACCUGAAGCAGAAGAUGCAGGUCUUAAAGCAGCGGAAGAGCACCCCCGCUGAGGAGCGGGAAAAGAAGGAGAAAGAUCCUAAGGGCAAGGAGGAAGGCGAGGCCAAAGAGGCUUCAAAGGAAGCCGAGAAAGUCGAGAAGGGCGAGGAGGAUGCGGAGAUCCCAAACGUCUCCAAGAGGAUGGAGGGCAAGGUCCACUCCAACUGUCCUGGUGCGCACGGACUCAGCUUCUUCCUGACUCCGGAGAACGGCUGGUGGUGCAGCGUCUGUGAAAAGGAGCACGCAAAGGGUUCCGGCUUCUAUGGCUGUCGCCAGUGCGACUACGAUGAAUGCCAGCGCUGCGCGCUGACGCCGCAGCCGGCGUCCAAAGCUGCCGCACCGCAGCCAGAAUCUAGCAACAACUCCCACGCUGAAACGACCAGCCGUGGCAACAACGCCAUGAAGACGCCGCCUCCACCGCCUCCGCCUCCGCAGAAAGGAGCGGCCAAGACUCCGCCGGUCCCGCCGGAUCCUGUGAAGAAAGGCUCAUCGAACGCGGCGUCCUCGUCCUCGUCCUCGUCCACUUCCGGCCAAGAGUCCGGUCGGUCGAAGUCCAAGUCGAAGUCCUCGACGCGCUCGCGGUCCUCGCCGGUUCGAAGGAAGGGCAAGGAUGCGAAGAAGGAGAAGGAGAAGGAGAAGGAGAAGAAGAAGGAGGAGAAGGAGAAGGAGAAGAAGGAUGGGAAGAAGAAGGAUCCAAAGAAGAGCCAGGCCAAGCGCAAGGCCACGGCGAAGGUGAAGGUGAAGAAGAGCGUGAAAAGGCCCCAGAAGCCCACGAAAUCUGCCUCUCGGUCCCGAUCCUCGGAGAACUCGGAGUCCAAGUCAAAUGGGGAAAAGGCUCUUCGAGCAGCGGGACUCAAGAAAGGGGCUCUUGGUGGCAAAGGGCGGAGCCUGGGGCGCAGCGGCAGUGCGGCACGGCAGGAGAAGAAGAAGAAAAAAAGCAAAAAGUCCGAUGGCGGGAAGCGUGCUGCGGACCGUUUCCAUCUCCCAACCCUCUUUGGAAAACACUCGCUCACUAGCUGCUUUCUCUCGCUAGCUUCUCUGGAGUCGGAGUGCUUUGAUGGGAGGAUCCGAAGCUCGUCCCUCGCAAGGAGCCCGAGAGGUGGGAGCCGAAGUGCCGGACCCAGUCAGGGAGAGGCAGAAAAGGAGCUUCCCUAG